GAGUACAGCUCGGCCCACAUCGUAUCAGUCCCAGCUAUCGCACACACCUGCAACGGCCAGCUCAGGAGCGGGCAAGAAGAGAAGACAUUUAUUUUCUUCCCUCGCGGGAGAUCGAUCACAGCCGGGCAGCCAUGGGCGAGGAGGCCCCGGCCGCGGUCACCGCGGCGGCGACGUCGCCGGCGCCCCACUUGCUCCUCAUAUGCUUCCCGGGGCAGGGCCACGUCAACCCCAUGCUCCGCCUCGCCAAGCGCUUCGCGGCCAAGGGCCUCCUGGUCACCUUCUCCUCGACCUCCUACGUUGGAGGCAAGAUCACGGCCUCCUCCGGGGUGGAGGCUGGCGGCGACGGCGUGCCGCUCGGCCGCGGCCGCAUCCGGUUCGAGUUCUUGGACGACGAUUUCGACGGGAAUGACCUCGACGACCUGAUGAGGCACCUGGAGACGACUGGCCCCGUGGUGUUCGCGGAGCUGCUGAGGCGCCAGGAGGAGGCGGGGCGGCCUGUGACGUGCGUCGUCGGGAACCCGUUCCUCCCGUGGGCGAUCGACGUCGCCCACGACGCCGGCAUCCCCACGGCAGUGCUGUGGGUGCAGUCGUGCGCGGUGUUCUCGCUCUACUACCACCACGUGCACGGGCUCGUGGAGUUCCCGCCCGAGGACGACCUCGACGCCCGGGUCAACCUCCCGGGCCUCCCGGCGCUGUCCGUCGCCGACGUGCCGUCGUUCCUGCUGCCGUCCAACCCCUACAAGCUCCUCACCGAUGCGAUACUGAAGCAGUUCCGCACCAUCCACAAGGCGUCGUGGGUGUUCGUCAACUCCUUCUACGAGCUGGAGCCCGACGUGGUGGACGCGCUCCCGGGCAUCUCGCCGCCGCCGCCGCCGCUCAUCCCCGUGGGCCCGCUCGUCGAGCUGGAGGAGGAGGGCGCCGUGCGCGGCGACAUGAUCAAGGCGGCGGACGACUGCGUGGGGUGGCUGGACGCGCAGGCGCCGCGCUCCGUCGUGUACGCGUCGCUCGGCAGCGUCGUGGUGCUGUCCGCCGAGGAGCUGGCCGAGAUGGCGCACGGGCUCGCGUCCACCGGCCGCCCCUUCCUGUGGGUGGUUCGGCCGGACUGCAGCGCGAUGCUCCCGGAGGGGUACCUGGACUCCGUCGCCGGGCGCGGCAUGGUGGUGCCGUGGAGCCCGCAGGACCUGGUGCUCGCGCACCCGUCCACGGCGUGCUUCCUCACGCACUGCGGCUGGAACUCCACGCUGGAGACGCUCGCGGCGGGGCUUCCCGUGGUGGCGUUCCCGCAGUGGGGCGACCAGUGCACGGACGCCAAGUACCUCGUGGAGGAGUUCAAGAUGGGGGUGCGCAUCGGCACGCCGCUGCGGAGGGACUCCGUGCGCGACGCCGUGGAGGACGUCGUGGCCGGGCCGGACGCCGGCGCGAUGCUCGAGAAGGCCAGAGCGUGGUGCGCGGCGGCGAGGACGGCGGUGGCGGCCGGCGGGUCGUCGGACCGCCACGUACAGGCGUUUGUUGACCAGGUUGUGGCGGGAACCAUUGGCGCACGAGCAGAUAAGGACAUUGUGGCUGCGGAGCAGCAAGGUUUCGAUUCAUCUUCUCUACGUGGAAACUAAGGAUUAUUUCGGCCAUCUUCAGUGAAGAAAUGCGCAGAGAUUUCUGAAGUUCAAAAGCGAGACACGCACAAGACUUCUCAACCGAAGCAACUUUGUCGCAGGCACGCACACAGAGUCGGAAACAUCGAUGGGUAUGAGCAACUGAAGUCCAUCGUUGACGCGAUGUUGCGAGUCUUGGAGCUCAGCACUGAAGUCUGAAGAUGCCGCGAGAACCGAAGCUAAUACUCCCUUCAUUUCAAAAUAAGUAACUUAAUUUUAUACUAACUUUAUAUUAUAGUUAGUAUAAAAUUGAGUCACUUAAUUUAAGACGGAGGAAGUAAUAAUUAUACUGGUCUUCGUUGCAUGAUAUUUUGUUUACUUUGAUCCUCUUGUUAUGUUUGUUGUCGAUCAUACAGAGAGCCAGGCAGGCUACAUGUUUCAAUUAAGUAUGUUCAUUUAAAUGUCAAUAAAAUUAUUAAGAGCCUAAUUUUGGGGCCGUUAAA